AAAGAGCCACAACAACAAAAAAUAACAAAAAAAAGAAGGGGAAUACAUGUUUUAUACUUUUAUAGGUUAUGCCUGUACCUACUCAACAAAUCUAAACUCAACUCAUGCGCUUGGUUGAAUUUUUUUAACGUUGUUAUUCGCGCGCCAUCUCAUGUUAUUAACACGUUAAUGUUUUAAUCGUGCGUUCACAAGUCGAUUGCCAAUAAUAUUUUUAACAUUGAACAUUAUUUUUCCUUGCAAUUUGUUAAUCGUUACAGUCAACUCGGACGGCACAUCGUUUUAUGUUAAAUGUUUUGAGUGACCUUUUCGAGUUUUCGUUUACUACGUACGUGUAGAAAGCUGCUGUACUGCACGUUUUGGAGCUGACAACGAGAGAAAUGUCCGCACCGCUGAGCCUAUUGAAAACAGCGUACUACGCCUGCAGCAAGAGCGAGCGUAAGGAGUUCGACUUGAAGGAAACCCCGGACGUCGAUAUGCAACAAUGUUGCUGGUCGCUGUUCGAAAUAAUGCAACUAAACAAACAACUAAACGGGGACAGCAAAACAACUGUUAGGGAGACCAUGUUCCUGGAAUUAAACCGCAAGUAUGAAGAGAAGUUUAAAACGAAUAUUUAUGAGAAGUUUAAAAACGUAUGCACGGAGGCAGCGUUGCACAAUCACAUCGAUUGCCUAAAACUUGCUCACGAGAUCGGCAUUGGAUGGGACGACGAUAAGGCGUGCCCCACGGCCGCGAAAUCGGGUAAUCUAGAGUGUUUGAAGUACGCCCAUGAAAAUGGGUGCCUGUGGAACAGCUAUACGUGCAUGUUCGCCGCAGAGUCGAACAACCUAGAGUGUCUGAAGUACGCCCAUGAAAAUGGGUGUCCCUGGGAUGAAUAUGUAUGCUUCUUGGCCAUGCAUGCGGGAAGUCUGGAGUGUGUUAAGUACGCCCGGGAGAACGGCUGCCCCUGGUCCAGCGAUACGUGCAUGUUAGCCGCGGCUUCGAGCGAUCCGGAGUGUCAAAGGUACGGCCGGGAACACGGUUGUCUCUGUUCUGAGAAGAGGUUUGCAAUUUACAAACACAAACAUAAUUUACAAGACAUUUAAUUCACUUAACUAUGUUAAAUUAAUCCUUUUUUUUUUAUGUAAUUGUUACAUUUAUUUCAUGCAAAUGUAUGAUAUAUGUAAUAUUAAUAAAUAUCUUUCAAAAUAUUUAAAAAAAAAUAUUAUAUUUUACAACCUCACCAAUUUAUUUCAUCUUACUAUUAUAUCAAAGUAUGGUUUUUAAUA